CGGAUGGAUGGACGACAGCACUUAUUAAGUCCCCUCAGUACAUCUCAUCUAAGUCCUUUGGCCCCUUAGCUAAGCAUGCUGGGAUCGGUAGUUCGGGAGGAUCCUUAGGCUGCGAAAAGUCCCGCGAGAGGAUAAUGAGGCGAGAAGGCACGUGGAGCGAGAGCGCCCUUCCCCCCUUAAAGAUUCUACCGGGAGGGCGGGGGCUGAGCCGCCAACUCAAUCUACUGGAGAGGGGUUUUCUGGCUUGUGACUAGAUGGGAGGGCGUUAGGGUGAGACAGGUGACAUAAGCCGGACGACUAUUGGUUGCGCGCUCUGUGACGCAGGACGAGGGGCGGGAAGCGUAGGUCCCUCUCCCUCGGCUAAGCCAAUGGUCGCCCCGGGCUCCUGUCACGUGGGGGGCCCCUAACUCACGCCAAGUGUAUCGGGGCCCCCUAGUGCGCCCCCGGGAUGGAGAGGGAAGCGGAGCGGCAAUUGACACCGCCCCCGCCGCAGUCCCCGCCGCCAGUUCUGUUCCUGCCCCUGACUCGGCAGAAGUCACAGGAAGAACUGCCGUUGGGGAGCUUCGAGGAGGAGCACUACGACUGCUACGACUACUACAACCUGCGGGAGAGUCCGCUCCGCGGGCCCGGGUGGAGCAAGGGCCGCACUCGGCGGGAGCGGGAGCUCCGCACCAACCGCCCGGUUCCCGCGGGCCAUGAGCGGAAGAUCGCCCAGAAACUGUACAACAGUCAGCGGAAGCGGCGCCAGCACCAGCUGCAGCCCCGGCCUCGCACCCGCCUCUGCUGAGGGGGGCGGCCUCCCGCUCCCCUCGUUCUGCGCCCCUGGUCACGGAUACACAAAGGACACGUUAAAGUCUUAUCUCUGACUCCAGCUGUAACUGUUGCCAUAAGGAAAGAGAGUCCAUGGGGGUCCCCAGGACGCUCUUGGGGCCUCGGUGCCUUUGCGCCUUGAGCCGGCCCUUCAGUAAGAUCUGUGUUCAGUCCCUGGGGCUGUAUCUUCUCUUUAGGAUUCCUCAUUAAAGGAGAGCAGCAAGAAUGGCUUUUCAACUCUUCUCUUUUGGUCAGUUAAUGUUACUCCGAGCACAAAAGUGGUUAUAAAAUAGGUGCUUAUAUGGCAUUGAUGAGAUUAUGCAAAGUGCUACUCUGCAGCUUAGGCACCAGAAUAAUAAAGAUCAAAUCUGUUCUUGUUCGACAUAGCACUUGUGCAUGUACUUUUUCAGCACUCCUCAUGUGUUAGCGGAGUAAGAGGGAUCAGUAGGUACACUGCUACCACCUGUGCCCAGUCCGAGCUUGGGCAGGUCUGCUCUUUAAUGGCCCCAUCUGUAAAAAGUAGCACGAGUGAUCUCUAAAGACCUAGUCUAGGGCAGCUGGGUGAGUUCCAGUCCAGUCACAGACACUUCCCAGCUGUGUGAUGACCCUAGACAAGUCACGUCACUGUUUGCCUCAGUUUCCUCAUCUGUCAGAUGAACUGGAGGAGGAAAUGGCAAACCCCUCCAGUAUCUCUGCCAAGAAAACCCCAUCUGGGGUCAUGAAGAAUUGGAUACGACUUAAAAAUUUUAAAACAUUGAAAAGUAGAUGCUUAGAAUUACUAUACAAAAUGCUUCACUCCAAGGCUAAUGUGGUGAAAUAAAAAUACCUUUUUAAAAAUAGGUAUUUUAAUUGUUAUUCUCCCAAAGGCCAAGAUAAGGUUUAAAGUUUUGUGUUUUUUUUUGUUUUUUGUUUUUAUGUGACUAAGAAUACUGGGAUUCUCAGAAGCAUUUGUUUUAAGCUUUGUGCUUAAAGGGGACUGUUGACACCUGCUGUUGGGCACUAUUUAAGGCUAGUAUUUCUAGGGAUGAAAGAUAAGCAUAGGAGGAAGAUAAGUAGCACAGUGGAUAUAGCGCACCAGCCCGGAAGUCAAGAGGACCUGAGUUCAAAUUUGGUCUUAGACACUUAACACCUCCUAGCUGUGUGACCCUGGGCAAGUCACUUAACCCCAAUUGCCUCAGCAAAAAAAAUAAAUAAAAUAAAACAUGAAAUUAU